AAUCAGCUGAUCGCUCGCGGGUGAGCUUUUGAUGUUUGAGUCGGUGACGUCUCUCAUUUAAAAACGAAAGGGAUCGAGAUCGUUUUGACAACCGACAUAAAAACAGAAGAAGGAGAAGGAGAAGAAGAGUCUGGUCGUUGCAGCUGAAAGUCGUCAGGAGGUCCAACAAAUCGGAAGUUCGCAGACCAAAGACAGGCUGACAUGGCCCCAACACUGUAUGACGAAAAGCCAGAGCCUGGGGAUUUAAUCGAGAUCUUUCGUGGCUCUUACCAGCACUGGGCUGUGUACAUUGGCGAUGGCUUCGUUGUUCACUUGGCACCACCCUCUGAGGUCCCGGGUGCCGGCUCCAACAGCGUGAUGUCUGUCCUAACCGAGAAGGCGUUGGUGAAGAAAGAUGGGCUGUGGGACGUGGUGGGAACUGACGAGUGGAAAAUCAGCAACAGUCUGGACAAGACGUACGAGCCGCGCUCGCCUGAUGUCAUUGUGAGGGAGGCCUGCAGGCUGGUGGGCCAGGUGCUGCCAUACUGCGUCUUCAGGGGAAACUGCGAGCACUUUGUCAAUGAGCUGCGCUACGGCAAGGCGGAGUCCCGGCAGGUGCGUAAGGCAGGAGAGUUUGCCAUGUAUGCAGGCUUGGCUGCAGCUGUGGGUGUGGGUUUUUUCGCGCUGACACGAGCUCUGUCUGGAGGAAGCAAAAAAGAAAACAAGGAAACGCAGUGAUGAACCUUCGUCCUCUUUUGUUUUGGGUCUGGAUUAGCAGAUCACCAGCAAAGCCUAACUGGCGCCUGCCAUAAUCAGUUGCAUAUGAAUAACACUGCCUAACUUGCAUGCAGUUAUCUGUGAUUUAGCAGGAAUUUUGGAUCGGCUUCACCCCUAUCUGUCCUUCAUGUUGUUUUUUGUUUUGUUUUUUGGGGAAAAUGAUGUAAGGCUGCCUAGUUUGUAUUUUUGGGGUUGUUUAAAAUUCUUACAUACAGCACAAGUUUGACAGUUUUUUCUCAAAUGAAGAUGAAAUAUGUGGUUUUCAUAUCAAUUAAAAGACUGUGGAUGGCUCAUGAGGGAUGAAGGUUGGAGGGUAUUUAUAAUUAUAUAAUGAAAGGGUUGUGAUAUAAGUCAAUACUCAAUAUUAAGCUAAUGAGUAUCUAUGCUAGGUUAUGUAGGAUUUGUUAAAAACAGCAAAAAACCUUAUAUGAUCAACAUGUUUCUACAGUUCACAGAUAUACCAUGUUACGCUGUUCCCCUGAUGUUUCACUGUUUGAACAAGUUUUAAAUAAAUGAAUUGUUCGACUCUCAA